AUGCUCUCGGGAAAUGCUCCUGUUCAGCAAACUGUGGAACCAGCAAGCGAACUGUCGCUCUAUGACGAGCGCUUGCCUCGCUUGUACUAUGAAAAUUUCCACGUCGCCCAUCCGAUCUUGGUGCCCAGCUCCUUGUAUCACGACCAAAAUUACCCUCAGUUCUUACAGCUAGUUGUACAUUUUGUGGGGUCCCAUCACAUUGCCUCUGUUUCAAGCCAGCCGUAUAAGGACCAAGUCGUUGCUGAGCUGAAGACAAAUUCUGAUCGAUCGGCUUCCAUGGUUCAGGCUUGGCUACUAUAUUCCAUUGCGCUGUACGCCCGCGAUGAAUGGACUGAGGCCCAAGAUGCCCUCUCUCGUAGCAUUGAUAUUGCUUUGGAGCUUGGCAUGAACCGUUGGUCUUUCGCUUCAUCCACCAACCCCGAAAGAUCUCUUGAAGCCGAAAGCAUGAGACGAACAUGGUGGGAACUGUAUGUCACCGACAUCUUCAUGGCAGUCCCGCUUAAGACCACCACAUUUCGAUGUAGCACCGUGUCACCGGAGGUGGCCUUGCCCUGCGAAGAGUCAACUUAUAAUUGUGCGGGUGAUAUCUCGAAACCACGUAUGAUGAUCGAGUUUAAGCGGAGGAUACUCGCGGCAGAGGAUACUGUUUUUUCAUCCUUCAGCUACCGCAUCGAGGCUACGACCAUCUUAUGCCGGGUUCUUGUCUUGAAUCGACUACGUGAUUGUCACCGCGAUCAUCUCCAAGCUGUCGAAAAUGCACUAGUGAGCUGGAUCAACCACCUACCGUCCAAAAAGCUCGACAUUGUUGAUUCAUACGGCAAUGUUGACGAGAUGAUGUUUCAAGCGCAUUUGACAAUAGCCUAUGCCGCCAUGCUCCUACACUUACCCCGAAGCGACCUUCCAUCUGUGUUGUCCCAGUCCCAACCAGAUGAUCGCUUCUGGCCUGGUCUGACUGGCCAGCUCUCAUCAACCUUCACCCGUCUAGUCCACAGCAUAAAAGCAACCGAGGCUUCAAGGCGUAUCUCAGACUCCAUAUCUGUUUGUCCAAAUGUGUCGAAGCACACUCCCUUCAUCGUCCCCGCCUUGACCCUCUGCGGACUCAUCCAGCUCGCCACGUCCACUAGUCAUUCCGAGGAGUGUUUCGACCAUCACUGCAACCGUGUCACACUCAUUCUAGGAUGCCUCAAGAGCACCCAGCGGACAUGGAAACUGGCCGAGUCCCUAUACCAUGCUCUUCGGUCUUCUGCAGCAGAAGUUCUGUCGGAUUCGAUGGAAAAAUGGAAUGCCGAACCACUACAGCGAUUCACCUCGGCAGCCACAAUGCCUAACGACCAAGAAGGACAUAGCUCCAAUGCCAAUCCCGCCCCAGUCAUGCCAGACGGCCAUGAUUUGCCGCCGGAAUUUUCCCCGCAAUUUAUCGACCCAACUUGCUACAACGCUUCGUUUUUCAGUGCUAUUCCUGACUUUGAUAUGCAUUAG